AUGGGGAGGAACUCUAAAAAGCGGAAAAAGAAAAAUGGUGAGAAUGGUGACAUGGACGUUGUCUCAGGAGAUGAAAGUACUGAUUUCAGUUCGGUGAAGUCAUUAGAAAUGGAAAGUGAUAAGUACGCUAUAUUUAAAGUACCUAACUAUUCAAGAACUUAUCCCGAAAAUGGCGGUAACUUUGAAUACAUCGUCUUCCUGGAAAGCUCCGUCUCGGAACAACCCAUUGGGAACCGAGACAUGAUGUCGCUGUCCAAUUGUAUUAAAAGGUACAACAAAGGAGUGAAACAAUUACUUCGAAUUAAUAAAUACAAAAUUGGAGUGAUCUUCGAACGGCCCGGGCAGGCUAAUGCCGCCUUGGCAAAUAAAAACUUUCUGGAGCAAUAUAAAUUUAUAGCCUCCAUACCAGCGGCGGCCAGUGAGGUGACUGGUGUCAUCUUACAUGUGCCCACGAACCUGUCUAAUGCGCAGAUUUAUUCAGCAAUAUCGUCAUCUAAAAAUAUUGUGUGUGUGCGACGGUUCAUGCGAAAGGUGAACAAUGAUGGACGCAUUACUGAAGAGCCCACUAAGACAGUUUCAAUAACUUUCUCUUGUCCAGUACUACCUGCCACUGACAGCGUGGACCUCAAUAGUUGGCGCUUUGAGCUUCGGCCGUACAUCCCGCCGGUGAAGCAGUGCCUUCGCUGCUUAAGGUAUGGACAUAUUGCUAAAUUCUGCAAAAAUGAGCUGCGCUGCUCCAUAUGCCAAGAUAAUCACAAAUUUACUGAAUGCCAAAUUGAUCCAAAAUCUGCCAAAUGUGUCCACUGCUCUGGAAAUCACAUUUCAAUUUCAACAACUUGUCCUGUCAAACAACAAAAAAUUAAUGAGAAUAAAAUAGAAGUAGAGAAGAAAACACAAAAGUUCACAGAUCUCUUUAAUAGCACUAAAUUUCCAAAAUUAAACUCGAGACCAGACAACAUAAGUUCUAUCAUAAGUUCUGACACGGUUAUGAAUUUAUUAAUCGAAGCGGUAGUCAAAAUCAUUAGUUUAAAUAAAGGCAAUGAAAAACCAAUUUGUAAUCAAAGUAUUAAAGACAUUCUCCUAGAAACCAUUACCAAAAAGAGAGCAAGUAAAUAA